AUGGAACUCUUAUGUUCAAUUUGUGGAUAAGAUUUAGAUAUUUGUAUAAGAUGGCCUCGCUUAAUUCCUAAUACAGGAGAUACAAUUUGUUAAUAAUGUGUAUAAAAAAUUGUAGAUUACACCAUUGAGCCUGAUAAGAUUAUACAUUUAUAAAAUGAUCUAACUUAAGUAGUGUUUUUCUUUUUAAAAUUAGUUAUAACAAAUUAAAUAAAAUUAAUUGAAGUUGGAUGACUUUCCUCUCAAUUAGAGCUUAUUAAGAAUUCUUUAAUUAUAAAAAUAAAAGAAUCUUCGUUCAAUAAAUUUAGAAUCUAAAAUUAAUACUUAAACAUUUGAAGAAUGGCCAUCAAAUGAAACAAGUAUUGAUAGUAAUUUUCUGGAUGAAUUGGCUACUUAAGUAAAGAAACCUUAAAAGUUGAAUUUAAAACGAUUUAGAGACGAAGACGAUAGUUUUGGUUCUCUAAAUUAUUCUUAUAAUUCAGGUAAAAUGUGUUAAACUCAUCGCAGACAACUAGAAGUUGUUUGUUUAUAAUGUUAAAUUAUGAUUUGUACAAAUUGUGCUUUAUUUGGAAAUCAUAAAGGACAUUAUAUUUAUAGUGAAGAAGAUAUUAUUACACUUUUAGAAAUGAAAGCAUAAGAAUUAACAGAAAUGAUUGAGAGAAUUCAUAAAGAAUCAUCGUCUAUUUGUAGAUGUAAACAUGAAUAGGAUUUAUAAAAAUAAGUUUUAGAAAUGCAAAAGAUUGCUGUUGAUAAAUUAAAAAAAGAAUUUGGAGAAUUAAGAGAUAAAAUUGAUUAAAAAGAAAAAAUUGUAAGUGUUUAAUUUUUCUAAUUUUAGUUAGUGUCUUAAAUAAUGAUUGCUACAUAAAAUAAUAUCAAUAAAUUUAAUGAUUGGUGGAAUAAUACUAUUCAUAUAGAAAAGGAAUGUUAAUCUUGGAUAAAAUUAGUAUAAAAUGUUUUUGAGUAAUUUACAGAAUAAGUUAAAUAUUGGGAAUUGCUUAAUCUUACAGAUAAUUUAAGAAUUAAUGGACUUUAACUUUAAUAGUAAGAGUAUUUAUUUAAUUAAAUAAAGAGAAAUUAAGAGACAUUAAUAAUAGAUAAUUGAAAAGAAAGAUUAAUUAAUAGGUUAUGAAAUUGGUGUAAAAUUUAAUUGGAAUGCAUUAAGAGUUGAAGAUUUUUGUAAAAUAAUCGAUGGUUCAGAAUAGAUUACAAAUGCUACAAAUGAAUCUUAAUAAUCUCCAUAUUUAUUGAGUUCUUUUAAAAUGUAAUAAUCAAUAGAAGAAACUGAUUUAUUAAAUGAUGUUAGUGGUACCUUUGCAAAUGAAUCUGAAUCUGUUAAUAAAAUAAAGAGAGUUUAUAGAAGUGCUACUCCAAAUAAUUAAUUGAAUACAGAGAAUUGUGAACCAUCUUUAUCAACAAUUGUAAUUAGUAAUUAAAAAUAGUAGGAAAGUAAUAGAACUUCAAUUUAUAGAAAGAAAUCUUAAGUUCCUAUAAAAUUAUAAUCGUAUAUGGAUGAAUUAAGAAAGGGUAAGAUAGAUGUUGCAGAAUUCAAUAAUUUAGAGAAAGAACUUUUAGGAAUAAUUGGGAAUGAAAUUAAAUAUUGGAAAGUUAAAAGUGUAAAAAUUAUGAAAUCAAAAUUAUCUGAUGAUUAAUUAUUGUUAUUGUUUAAGGGUAUAAUUUAAAUAUAUAUAAUGAAUUUAGCUUUAUCAUAAAAUGAUAAUAUUUAGAGUGUGAAUUUAUCACAGAAUUCUUUAAGUGAUAAAAGUAUUGAUACUUUAUUUUAGUUAUAUUAAAAUGGAUUGAUUGGUGUUCAUUUGAAGAAUAUUAUUGUAUCUUAGAAUAAAAUAAAUGCUAGGAAUGUGAAAUAGAAAAUAAAUGAUUUUAAGAAAUUAGGUUUGAUUAUAACAUUAUGA